UGAAGAAUGGUUACAGGACAAACACUUUUGAUCCUUAAAGGGAAGUUACAUUUGGCUUCGAAGUUAAACCUGGUAGAAACUUUCCCACCAUGAAAACAAUCCACUGAAAUCCGUUUUUUCUCAAGGAAACAGACGCCGGCGCCGUGCGCAGCCCAAACACCGGAGCAAUGAAACCUGACAGACAGAGCGACUCUAAUCCAAAGUGAGACGAUUCCACUGACCCUUCCUGCCAGCGCUGCUCGAAGUGAGGACAGCGCAUCGAAGGGGACAACAAGCUGAAUGUCCAGACAGACUCUCCCACCCACGCUGUGUUAGUAACGCAGACACCAGGUUCCCCUGGCCCAUGAGGCUAAUUCAUCCCACUGCCAGGGCGUGUAAGAAUCUUCGUGGGAGCCAGAAUGAGCUGCAGACCUUCCACCAGAUCCAAAGGCGGACCCGCCGGCACCGGACCAUCUUCACUGAAGAUCAGCUACAGGCCCUGGAGGCACUUUUCAACCAGAACCAGUACCCAGAUGUUAUCACCAGAGAGCACCUGGCCAACCGCAUCCACUUGAAGGAGGAGAGAGUAGAGGUUUGGUUUAAAAAUCGACGGGCCAAGUGGAGGCAUCAGAAAAGAGCUUCUGCUUCGGCUCUGCUCCUUCAAGGCACCAAGAAACCCUCGGAGGAGAACUGCUAAGGGACUGACACUAAAGGCUCACAGGGUUACUGUGAAAAGCACCAGUUGCCCUGAUCCACUGGGUUUGCAGCAAGGUGGGGCAGAUGGAAGAGGAGUGGGGCUGGAGAGGGAAAGCAGUGAGGGAAUCUUCUGAUUCGAUGAGGUAAAGGGCAGGUAAAGGUAGGUGCAGUAUUUUCAAGUCCUUAGCUUUUUCAUCCAAAAAAAGUUCAUCUUAUGACAAAUAAAACAAAUGAGUCGUAGGGCAUGUUCCUCAAAAGCUUAAGCUGAAAAGUUGCCAAAUGCCAAAGGUGGGGAUAGACCUUGCCUCAAUGUUAGUGUUGUAGCUGCAUGUGUGGAUGACGGAGAAAGAUUUCUCUCAACUUGUCUUUGUUCCUGUACAGAUAGUGUUGUGCCUGUUUUGUUGUUAUAAAGUAGAUUCGGAGACCAUACUGGAUAAUGGC